GAUGCUGGCGAUGAAAAUUUUUGGCGGAAAACACGUGCCGCCAUAUAAAAUGAUUGUAUUGAUCCUCGCCACAGAGCAUUCGCUUGCGAUCGUUCAUCGGGUUUGGCUUUAGCACAGUGGCCGUUGGCUCGUAGGGGUACAACAAUGAAGUUAUUCUUAGUUCUAUCGAUGGUGUUGGCCAUAGCGUUUGGAGCGGCCGUCGAGAAACCAGUCAAGGAAGUGGAUACAGAAAAUGAAUCUAAAGUGGAACCGAGUGCGAAAGUGCAGGGGAAACGUGGUCUUUAUGACUUUGGAUAUGGGAGUAGUACACCUGAAUUGCAAGGAGGAUUCAAGCCUUCGUUUGGAUUCGAUUUCAGUGAACCGCAUCAGUAUGAAGUGAAGGAAGAUCAUCAUACGAUCAUUACCAAGAACAUUCCAGUACCUUAUCCCGUGGAAGUGGAGAAGCAUGUGUACAUAGAGAAGAAGGUUCCAGUUCACAUUGAUCGUCCAGUUCCAUACCCGGUAACGGUCGAAAAGAAGGUUCCAUACAUUGUUGAAAAGCAUGUUCCAGUCCACAUUGACCGUCCGGUUCCAUAUCCAGUGAAAGUACCAUAUCCAGUUGAAGUCGAAAGGAAAGUACCCGUUUAUGUGGAGAAAAAAGUUCACGUCGAUCGCCCGGUUCCCUAUCCAGUCCAUGUGGAAAAGAAGGUUCCAGUUUACGUAGAAAAGAAGGUUCCCGUAGUGGUCGAAAAGAAAGUUCCGGUACCAUAUGAAGUCAAGGUUCCGGUAGUUCAAAAAGUCGAAGUCGAAGUACCAAAACCAUACCCAGUUCACGUUCCAAAGCCAUAUCCGGUUUACAUCGAGAAGGAAGUCGUCAAGCAUGUAGAUCGGCCUGUUCGCGUAGAAGUUGAGAAGAAGGUUCCAGUCCCAGUGGUGCAGAAAGUAGAAGUUCCUCAGCCGUAUCCAGUUUACAUUGAGAAGCCUGUUUACAUCGAAAAGCAGGCCGAUCAUCACAGCGAAGAGCACGAACACGUAGAACAGCAGGACGGUGACUACAUCGAACAGCCUAUUCACGUUGCCGAAGAUCGUCAACAUCGCGAGGAAAGCGAACAUAACGAGCAAGAACGUGCGGAUCAUCAACAGGAAGAACAUCAGCACGAGGAGCAUGUUCGACAGGAGUACGCUGAGUCGAGUCACGAGGACGUCAAAAGUACAGACCCAACCGAAAAGGCUGUAGAGUCUGAGGAGUCGAGGCAUCAAGAACAACACCAUCACAUGCCAACACAUCUUGCAAACAACGAUCAAUAGAUAAGCUGCUCAAGAUAAGAGGCACGAACCUUAAAAUAUCUCUAGUCUAUCAGUUGCAACAGAGCAAUUCCACAAAUCAACCGAAGAAAUAAACUAAAAUUAAAACAAAA